GAUGGCUGAUCAAGUACUUGUGGUUGGUAGUGGCGGUCGAGAACAUUCUCUGGCUUGGAAACUGGCUCAGUCACCUUGUGUGAAGCAGGUAUUGGUUGCUCCAGGAAAUGCCGGAACAGCUAAUAGUGGGAAAAUUGCUAAUUCAGCGAUCUCUAUCAGUGAUCAUGCUGCCCUUGCAAAAUAUUGCAAAGACCAGAAGAUUGGACUUGUGGUGGUUGGUCCAGAAGUUCCUCUUGCUGAGGGAAUUGUUGAUGAUUUGACAGCUGCUGGUGUCAGAUGCUUUGGUCCUACAGCAAAGGCAGCUCAGCUAGAAUCCAGCAAGAACUUUUCCAAAGCUUUUCUGGAUCGGCAUGGCAUCCCAACUGCAAGAUGGAAAGCGUUCACCUGUGCAGAAGAAGCUUGUACCUUUAUUACUAGUGCAGACUUCCCUGCCCUUGUGGUAAAGGCAAGUGGUCUGGCUGCUGGGAAAGGUGUGAUUGUUGCUGCCAAUAAAGAAGAAGCUUGCAAAGCUGUACAUGAAAUAAUGCAGGAUAAAACCUUUGGAGCAGCUGGAGAAGUUGUUGUUGUUGAAGAACUUCUUGAAGGAGAAGAAAUUUCUUGCUUAUGCUUCACAGAUGGUGUCACUGUUGCUCCCAUGCCACCUGCCCAGGAUCACAAACGGUUAAUGGAUGGGGAUCAGGGUCCAAACACUGGUGGCAUGGGAGCCUAUUCCCCAGCACCUCAGCUAUCCAAGGACCUGCUUCUGAAAAUCAGAAAUUCUGUUCUUCAGAAAACAGUCGAUGGUAUGAGAAGAGAGGGCAUUCCUUAUGCUGGUGUGCUCUACGCUGGAUUAAUGUUAACCAAGGAUGGACCUAAAGUUUUAGAAUUCAACUGUAGAUUUGGUGACCCUGAAUGUCAGGUAAUUCUGCCACUACUCAAGAAUGAUCUUCAUGAGACUGUACAAGCGAUCAUUGACAGAAAGUUAUCUAGUCACAUGCCAGUUUGGCAUGAAGACUGUGCAGCUGUAACAGUGGUCAUGGCUAGUGAAGGCUACCCAGGAAGCUAUGCCAAAGGUUUGGAAAUAACAGGACUUUCUCAGGCUAAAGAGCUCGGCUUGGAGGUUUUCCAUGCUGGCACAACCAUAAAAGGCGGCAAAGUGGUGACCAACGGGGGCAGAGUCCUCACUGUGACUGCAAUCAAAAAAGACCUUGUGUCUGCACUGGAAGAAGCCAACAAAGGAGUAGGAGUUAUUAAGUUCAACGGGGCCAUUUAUAGAAAGGAUAUUGGCUAUCGAGCUAUAGCUUUCCUUAAACAAUCCAGGGGCUUGACUUAUAAAGACAGUGGUGUAGACAUUGCAGCUGGUAACACCUUGGUUCAGAAAAUUAAGCCUUUAGCAGCUGCCACGUCCAGACCAGGCUGUAAUGCUGACCUUGGAGGGUUUGCUGGCCUCUUUGACUUGAAAGAAGCUGGGUACAAAGAUCCAAUUUUGGUAUCUGGAACUGAUGGUGUUGGAACAAAGCUCAAGAUUGCCCAACUGUGCAACAAACACAACACAAUUGGCCAGGACUUGGUCGCCAUGUGUGUAAAUGAUAUCUUAGCUCAGGGAGCUGAGCCCCUUUUCUUCCUUGACUACUUCGCCUGUGGGAAACUAGAUGUUGAGGUGACUCAGGCAGUCGUAGCUGGAAUAGCGGAAGCCUGUACACUGGCAGGAUGUGCCCUUCUUGGAGGAGAAACUGCUGAAAUGCCUGGCAUGUACCCCCCUGGAGAAUAUGACCUUGGUGGCUUUGCAGUUGGUGCCGUAGAACGGGGGCAGAUGCUCCCACAACUAGACAGAGUUGUUGAUGGGGAUGCCGUUAUUGGAAUUGCUUCUUCUGGCAUUCAUAGCAAUGGGUUUAGCCUUGUGAGGAAGAUCGUCGAAAACUCCCCUUUCAGUUUUUCCUCUCCUUCAGUGGGUGGCCACGGGGACCAGACAUUAGGAGAACAACUGCUUACCCCUACUAAAAUCUACAGCAAGGUUCUGUUGCCAGUCCUUCGUUCAGGUUGUGUGAAGGCCUAUGCCCAUAUCACUGGAGGAGGGUUGCUGGAGAACAUUCCACGUGUCCUCCCAGGAUCAUUUGGUGUAGUUUUAGAUGCCUUGAGUUGGAAGAUACCUGAAAUCUUUUCCUGGCUCCAAAAAGAAGGAAAUCUAUCAGAAGAGGAAAUGGCUCGAACAUUUAAUUGUGGGAUUGGGGCAAUCCUGGUUGUGCAGAAAGAGCUUGCUGGACAGAUUUUGAAGGACAUCCAGAGGCAUGAAGAUGCAUGGUUGAUUGGGAAAGUUGUACCCCAUCGAUCAGGGUCUCCCCAUGUUGAAGUCAAUAACUUGCUUCAAGCCUUACAUGCAAAUAGGUUACAGAUGCUGCACGGUCAACAAAGCAAAACAAGAGUGGCUGUCCUCAUCUCUGGAACAGGUACAAAUCUGGAAGCUCUAAUAACCAGCACUAAGAAGCCAAGCAGCUAUGCACAAAUAGUUCUUGUCAUUUCUAACAAAGCUGGUGUGGAGGGGUUGAAGAAAGCUGAAAGAGCUGGCAUUCCUACCAAAGUAAUUGACCACAAGCUGUACAGCAGUCGUACAGAGUUUGACAGUGCAGUUGACAAAGUCCUUGAAGAGUUCUCGGCUGAACUGAUUUGUCUUGCAGGUUUUAUGCGAAUCUUAUCUGGUCCUUUUGUCAGGAAGUGGGCUGGAAAAAUAUUGAAUGUUCACCCUUCUUUGCUGCCGUCAUUUAAAGGCGCCAAUGCCCACAGGCUGGUAUUGGAGGCUGGCGUUCGAGUCACUGGUUGCACGGUUCACUUUGUUGCUGAAGAAGUUGAUGCUGGAGCAAUCAUUUUUCAAGAGGCAGUUCCAGUGAAGGUUGGAGAUUCAGAGAAGACCCUGUCCGAAAGAGUAAAGGAAGCAGAGCACAGAGCCUUCCCUUCUGCUAUGCAGCUAGUGGCAAGUGGAGCAGUAUGGCUAGGAGGAGAUGGGAAGAUAAUCUGGACUUCGGAAAAACAAAACUGACCCACUGCAGGAUUUAUAAUGGUGUUAAGA